UGAUUGGUUACAAGUUACAACACGAAUGCAGCCGAAUCGAAAACACGUGUGUCAAAGUUUCUCUGCGUAAAAAAUCAAAAUUUUUAUCGAAUAAAAAUGGCAAAAAAAGUAUUGAAGCGAAAAAGGUCAGAUACAGAAAAAGAAAAUGAGAGUCAACCGUCCGAACAGGAAAUCACGUUACUUCCUAAAAGAAUGUCGGAUGAGCCGAUUCCUAAAAAGAUAAAAUGGCUAAACAAACAAAGAGUAUUAGUAUUUGCAUCGCGUGGAAUAAAUCAUCGAAAUCGCCAUCUCAUGGAAGACCUUAAAACUCUGAUGCCCCAUCACAGAACGGAAGCUAAAAUGGAACGGUCCAAAAAUCUUCAAAUUGUUAAUGAAAUAUGUGAAACCAAAAAUUGCAAUAAAGCAAUAUUGUUUGAAGGACGUAAAAAACGGGACCUAUACAUGUGGUUUUCUAACGUACCAACAGGACCAUGUGCUAAAUUCCUCGUUGAAAAUAUUUAUACAAUGGGAGAAUUGAAAAUGACCGGCAAUUGUUUAAAAGGCUCCCGGCCGUUACUUUCGUUUGACGAACACUUUACUACAAAUCCUCACUAUGCUCUUUUGAAAGAACUUUUUACUCAAAUAUUUGGAGUUCCAAAUCAUCAUCCAAAGAGUCAGCCUUUUUUCGAUCAUGUAUACACUUUCAGUGUACUCGACAAUAGAAUAUGGUUCAGAAACUUCCAAAUAUUGACGGAAGACGGUGGUUUAGCGGAAAUCGGGCCGAGAUUUGUUCUAAACCCAGUAAAAAUAUUCAGCAGCAGUUUCGGUGGCGAAACGCUUUGGGACAAUCCACACUAUAUUUCACCAGCAAAAUUUCGGCAAGCCAUAAGUAAGAAAGCUGGUGGGAAAUACAUGAAUAGAAUAGAACAAAAGAUGGCUCGACAAGCGAACAAACCGGAGCAAUCUUACGCACUCAAUCCCACCGACGAGAUAUUCAAAGGUGAUCCAUUGGAAAACGCUGAAAAGUUGGAAGAAAUGGAAACCUCAAAGGCUCUUGAAGCUCCUAAGACUACUGAGCCGAAGAAGGUGAAAAAAGUUUCGAAGAAGCGUUUGGACAAAGCAUCAAAGAAAACGAAGAGGGUCAUAGCAAAAAAAGUUAGAACAUAAGGCAUCGACAAUUUUUUGCUACACGAAUUUAUUGUAUGAUGAAAAUAAGAUUAAUAAAAAACUUGUUUACGAGA